UCUCCUUUUCCCUGGAACUCGCGUAAAGAGCGGCAACCAAAUCUGAAGCUCUCUGCUUCAGGAAUUUUGUUCUUUCAUGUCUCACCGAUGACACAGUAGCGGAACCCUGAACUGUCCCCGGUCCGGGUAGUUCUCGCACUCGGGUAUAGAAAAAUGAAGCAAAAAGACAAGCAAUUUCGCACUGCGAAGCUGCUGACUUACUCUCUAAUCGGACUUAUCGUGUUUCUCGGAUUGGCUUGUCUGUACUACGGAUCCUCGUUCGCUCCAGGUGUGAGGAGAUCCGAUGAGGAACUUCACGGGUACGAUGGGUCCGACCCGAUUAUCAGCCGCGGUUUGCGGGAGGGAGAAUUUGGUAACGCCGGAGUACCCAAGAGUUUUCCUGUGUGUGACAUGAAAUAUUCAGAGUUAAUACCUUGUUUAGAUAGAAACCUUAUGUACCAAUUAAAGCUGAAGCUCAAUUUGACAUUGAUGGAGCACUAUGAACGGCAUUGUCCACCUCCAGACCGUCGCUACAAUUGUCUGAUUCCACCACCGAAUGAGUACAAGAUCCCAAUAAAAUGGCCUGCUAGUAGAGAUGAAGUGUGGAAGGCAAAUAUACCCCAUACGCACCUUGCACAAGAGAAGUCAGAUCAGAAUUGGAUGGUAGUGAAUGGGGAUAAAAUAAAUUUUCCGGGAGGAGGAACUCAUUUUCAUUACGGAGCUGAUAAAUACAUUAUUGCUCUUGCUCAGAUGCUAAAAUUUCCGGGAGAUAAACUCCACAAUGGUGGGAAAAUCCGAAAUGUUCUUGAUGUGGGUUGUGGGGUUGCUAGUUUCGGAGCAUAUCUUCUUCCCCUCAACAUUAUAGCCAUGUCUCUUGCGCCUAACGAUGUACAUGAGAAUCAAAUACAAUUUGCUCUAGAGAGGGGGAUCCCAUCAACUCUUGGCGUCCUUGGUACAAAACGACUUCCCUACCCAAGUAGAUCAUUUGAACUUGCUCAUUGUUCACGAUGUCGGAUAGAUUGGCUCCAAAGAGACGGAAUCCUCCUAUUAGAACUUGACAGAUUACUAAGACCAGGAGGUUAUUUUGUGUACUCAUCUCCCGAAGCAUAUGCACAUGAUCCUGAAAAUCGGAGGAUAGGGAAUGCUAUGCAUGACCUUCUCAAAAGAAUGUGCUGGAGAGUUGUUGUGAAGAGAGACCAGACUGUAAUAUGGGCAAAGCCUCUCUCCAACAGCUGUUACUUGAAGAGAGAUCCUGGCACAAACCCUCCCUUGUGUGAUUCUGAUGAUGACCCAGAUACAACUUGGAAUGUGCUGAUGAAAGCCUGCAUUUCACCAUAUUCAGCAAGGAUGCACAAAGAAAGAUGGAGUGGAUUAGUUCCUUGGCCACAGAGGCUAACGACUCCGCCUCCUCGCCUGGAAGAUAUUGGUGUCAGUCCCGAGGAAUUCCACGAGGACACUAGCAUAUGGAAUUUUAGAGUGGCUGAAUACUGGAAGCAGAUGAAAUCAGUAGUACAGAAAAACUCAAUCAGAAAUGUCUUGGAUAUGAACUCGAACCUCGGAGGCUUCGCUGCUGCUCUCAAAGAUAAUGAUGUCUGGGUGAUGAAUGUUGCUCCUGUCAACAUGUCUUCCAGAUUGAAGAUUGUUUAUGAUCGAGGAUUAAUUGGAACUGUUCAUGAUUGGUGCGAGGCAUUUUCCACAUACCCUCGAACAUUUGAUCUUCUUCAUGCAUGGACUGUGUUUUCCGAGAUUGAGGAGCGUGGCUGCAGUGCAGAGGACCUCCUAAUCGAAAUGGAUCGGAUACUAAGGCCGCAUGGAUUUGUUAUCAUACGAGACAAAUCCUCGGUGCUAGGUCAUAUCCAGAAAUUAUUGUCUGCAUUGAGGUGGGAUGGCUGGUUAUCAGAAGUUGAACCAAGAUCAGAUGCUCUUUCAACAAAUGAAGAAAGAGUUUUAAUUGCCAGAAAAAAGUUGUGGCAUGAAGAGAUCUUGACGAUGUGAAUUUCUUUCAGACGAGCAGGUAUGUACAAUCAGAUGAAUUGCAUGAUGAAGGAUUUGGCUGGUGCUUGAAAGCUCCUGGAAAUAGAGUUUAGUUUAUCAUCCUUGUUGGUUGAAUUGGGUAGGUAGAGAAAUAGGGGAAGUCUAGUUUGAUUAAUCAUUUUGGGGAACCCACAUUGUAAUACUAGUUUUGUUUUAUUAGUUAUGAAAAUAUAUAUGUAUUAGUUUAUGGUACUUUUAAAGCUUUUGAACACGUAUGAUACUAUGAAGCUUGUGAAAUUUAUUUUUCUUAA